AUGGCUAUCUCGAGUGAAAAUGUUGUGGUGUCUCCAGAGUCUCCGCUGGCACCUCAGUUGGAGAGGAGUGAGAAAUUCUACUUCAGUGAUGGGAAUUUGAAUGUUGUGGUCGGUAACGACACGAACCCAGUCCGAACCGAGUAUUUCAUCCAUCGAUACUUCUUCCUUCGGGACUCUCCUCGUCUGGCGGAACAGAUUACAACGUCGGGAGAAUUCUUCCUCUCAUUAGUAGGCAUCGAACCCCGCGAGUUCGACGCCUUCCUUUCCGUUCUUUACCCCCAAAACUUCGAAAAAGGCGAUAUCCACUCUGUCGAAGACUGGGCCGCCGUCCUCCGCUUCUCCACCGAAUGGGGCUUCGAAUCCAUCCGUUCCCUCGCCAUUGAGCGUCUAGCGCCCAUCGCCACACCCGUCGACAAGAUCGUCCUCGGCAGGGAGUGCAAAGUCCAGCAGUGGCUCGUACCUAGCCUCGCGAAGCUGUCUCUGAGGGAGGAGUUCCUCAGUCGCGACGAGAGCCGACGUCUUGGUGUUGACGACUUCUAUCUCAUCGCCUCUGUGCGCGAGCGUCUACAUGCGAACGGAGGAGACCUCCACGAGGACGACGUUUCUGAGGAGGUGUCACAGCUUAUACCUCCCGAGCCUGAGCCUGAGCCUGUACCGGAACCGUCCCUCGAGGAACAGGACCGAGAGCCAUCUCCUGCGCUGGAGCCGUCUGUCGCGCCCGACGACGUGAGCGCCGUCCCGCCCUUGGUUCCGCUUGACGAGGUCGCACUCGCUCAGCAAGGAGAAUCGCCCGAAUCCUUGCACGAACACGAAGUUGACUUCUCUCAUCCCACCGUGAACGGAAUUCAUGCGAACCACGACGAACCCAACGGCCUCCGACUCGAGCCCUCUGCCCAAGGCACUUCCGAGGCAGAACCGGGCCAAGAUUCGGCUUCAGGUGUUCGGUUCGAUACCCCAGUCGCUACUUCCAUCGAUGGCGGGGAGUCCAUUCGCGCCGAGGAGCCAUCUCCUACUGCGAAUGGCCAUGAAGAAACGCAGGUGCCACCCUCGCCACCAUCUAUGCCGGACAACUUCGGCGACUAUCCUUCAGCUGCAGCGCCUGCCGAGGUCAAGCCUACGGAGCAACCACCCCUUCCUCCUAGAUCGGUCCCGACCACCAACGGCUCCGUUCCGCUCAACCCCUUCUCACCUCAGUCCGACAAGGAAAUCGAACGAAGCCGUGCUCCGUACGCAAGCCCUCGUGCCCCCGCCGCCGCUGGCAUCAACGGCAACGGCUCGACCCCUCCUCGCGCCAAACCAGAACAACCUGCAUCGACUCCCAGAACGUCCAUCGCCGGCAUUCCUUCCGUUACGCCCGACAAAGACACGCUCAACCGCGUGCCUACCAUGGGCAAGUCCGUGUCGCGCGCUUUAUCUAGCUGGGGUCCGAAUGGAUUGUUUGGAAGGACUGCGUCGAGGGAGGGUUCUGUUGAGCCUGCGUCGGGUCGUUCGACGCCCGACUCGGCUAUCAUGUCGGGUCCUGAGCAGGGGAAGAAGAAGAAGAAUACGAGGGGCGGGAAGAAGAAGGGUAAGAAGGUGGGUCCGACGUUCUAA